GUAAAAUAUUUCACUUAAUGAUAGCGCUUUAUUUGUGAAGUCCGCGGGAGUAGACCUGCAAAUUUAAUCCAUGUAUCCUUAGAGACUUUCUCUACGGUAAAUUCAUCACCAGCAAACGUCUGAUUAGUCUGGAAGUGGAGGACGGAAGAAAACGAGAACGGAAAGGAUGGUGCAACACUGCUGUGUGGGUCACUGCUUUCAGAGAGCCUACAAAGGAUCCCCAUUUUCUUUUCACUGCUUUCCAUGGAAAGAUCCUUACAGACUUGCAGAGUGGAUCCGUAGAAUUAACCGAGAAAUGAAAGAUGGGAAGCCAUGGUAUCCUACUCAGAAUGACAGAGUCUGCAGCCAACACUUCUUGAAAUCUGACUAUUACCUUGGAUUGGAUCUCCGAAUUCUUAGAGAGGAUGCUGUCCCAUCAGUUUUUCCCGGCAAUCCACCUGUGAAGCAAACUGCAUUGACCUGUCAGAGAAGCUCAGGGAUGAACCCUCACUCUAAGUCAGACCCGGACUGGGUGCCCAAGUUUGACAAGCCCAACACGCGGGGCAAGAGGGAGUCACGGCGCUCCCGGAGCCAGGAGCAGCCGCAGUAUGAAGCUCCCAAAGCGGCUUCCAAGCGGAAGGAAAUGAACUAUGUGACCCGCACACAGACCGGGGCAGUGACCCCCCGCUCCCACGCCCGUGCGCCGGCCGCGAGCAAGCAGACGUCGAGCCGAGGCCAUGCCAGACCAGGUCAGGCUAAGGUUGUGCCUGCGCCACCCAAGGGGAGAGCACCGCAGGUCGGCACGGUGGACCUGUUGAUGGAGUGUCGGGACGAACCUCUCAGCUGGGUGCAGGUUCAGGCUGCCCAUCGUGCGAAAGUGAGCUACGAACGCUCUCAGAAACUUGUGAAAGCGGCGCGGGAGGGCAGACUCAUGUUCACCGAGGAUGGAUCUCCCAAGAUUCUAGACGCGCCGCUGCCCCCCCCACAAGCCCCACAGACGCCCCAGGCCGUGACCCCGGCUCAGCUGAUCCCCACAUCACCCCAGCUGGCCGCCUUCCCCCAGUACCUGGUGCCGGCUGUUCCCUCGUCGCAGCUCCCUCCCUCCGCGUACGCAGGCGGUCACAUCUCCAUGCUGUCACCGGAGUCCGGCCGCACCUCGCCGGAUCUGGUCAUCGUUGCCGAGACCCCUGCCCCAUCCAGACAGGCGAGAGGUCCCGGCAGCCAGGCCAGUCCUGUCAUGUCUAGUGUACGGCAGGUACAAGGCACGUCGGGGCUGGGAAUACGUCUGCCCCCCGGCUGGUCUAUCCCACCCCCCACCGCCUCGCCGGUUCGGACACAGGCGGCCAAGAAGGCGGCCGGGUCGGCCUCGUCGCAGAAGGAUGCAGGUUCGAAACGACAGCUGAAGACGCUGGCGCCCCGCCCAUCGUACCCUGCCAUGGAGACGCUGGCUAGCCUGAGGGAUGAAGCUCAGGCGCAAAGCAAGUUGAGUCCGGAACCGGCCAGGAAACGGGCCAGGAAGCAGUCGUCACAUUCUGUCGAGGACUCCUCUGCCGGCAAGUGGGUGCCGCUGGAUGAGUACUACUAUGGCAAGAUGGAGGGGAACCCCACCUACACCGAGGACAAGGGAGAGCACCGCUUUAAGUGCUGGUACUGUAGCAAGAUGCUGUACAACAACGUGGCGGCCAUGAUGCACAUCCAAGGUCACAUCGACUCGGAGAGACAGGUCAACCUUGACCUCAGCGACCUCACGCAGUGCCGACACUGCUACAAGCAGUUCGACACGCCCUUUGAGAUGCAGACCCACAUUGAGAAGGUGCACAUGAACAACGCCAACGUGCUGCUGUGUCGUAUCUGUGAGAAGGACCACGGCAGUCAGCUGAACCUGACCGAGCACAUGCGCAAGUUCCACAACGCGUGCGAGAUGCCCUACCACUGUCAGCUGUGUAGUUUUAGGUCUUCUAUGUAUAGUGACGUGGUGGACCACUUCAAGAAGAAACACAACAGCUCGGCCUACAUGCUGUGCCUGUACUGCCUGCGCGUGUUCCAGUCUCGCUUUGUCUCGCAGGGCUGGGGACAGACCUCCAUCUACUACAACCACCUCAUGAAACACCAGGUGAAGGCAGCCAGCAAAAAGUGCCAGCUCUGUAAGCUGAUCUUCCUGAACGCGGCCGACCUGAAGGCCCACCGGACCAACGACCACUGCCCCAAUCAGAAGGGAGUCAUCGGUAUGAGCGCCAAGUACACGACCCCGGACCAGGUGAUGAUCAAGCUGGCAGACUCGGCCCCCGAGCGACAGGUGGGCGGAGUCAAGUCUCUGAACGUGCCGGCCGUGCGGAAGGUGACGGAGCACCGGCUGGUGCUGCCCUCUACCGCCACUCUGUCGACCGCCAAGUGCAUCGAGUGUAACAUGGCCAUGGCCACGCACGAUCAUUUCAAGAAGUUCAUCCAGUGCUCCAUGUGCCGGUUCGCCACCAGCUGCUGUAACGCCUAUGCCAAUCACAUGAUCGGGUUCCACUCGGGCCAGAUGGCGCCGGGCGGGGUUGCUAGGAAGUCGUCCUCUGAGACACCGCUAGAGGACAAGCUCUACUGCGUCUGUGGCUUUGCCAGUCGCUACGGGAACACGCUAGGCACGGUGUUAGGUCAAGAGCUGAAAGAUCCCAGGAGGAAGCCGGACGCCUCGUUACUGGACGUUCUGGGACUGGUCAAGAAGGACGCUCUGUCUGCUUCCAAAGUCUCCAGACGCGAGUCCUCCCCACCGCCUCCGGUUGAAAUGCCAGACGUGAAACUGACAGAGUUACCUCCCCGACGUCCGUCGCUGCUGCGGGACUCCAUGAAGAAAUCCUUCAAAAACAUCCUUAAGGAGGAGAAGGAUCUCAGUACUCCAGAGGAGAUUCGAACUUUGAGUGCCUUGGAACCCCCCAGCUCACCGCGAGGCGAGUCGGAGAAAGGUGGAGGAGUUGUGGCUGGGGUGAAGUCAGAAGGGUCUGAUGAGCAGACGUCUGAAACAAGGAGUGAUAGUUCAUCGCAGGAUGCAAGAGAGGGUUCGUCGCAGGCCGUGAGUGAUGGUUCGUCGCAGGAUGCAAGAGAGGGUUCGUCGCAGGCCGUGAGUGAUGGUUCGUCGCAGGAUGCAAGAGAGGGUUCGUCGCAGGCCUUGAGUGAUGGUUCGUCGCAGGAUGCAAGAGAGGGUUCGUCGCAGGCCGUGAGUGAUGGUUCGUCGCAGGAUGCAAGAGAGGGUUCGUCGCAGGCCGCAAGUGAGGAAUCGUCACAGGCCACGAGAGAAGCAGAAAUGGACGUGACUGAAAGAAGUGAGAGUGCAGAGAUGGCGCAGAGCGGAGAGGAGAUGAGGGACGAUGAUCAGCCGUCGUCUUUGUCUCAACCAAAGGAGAGGAAAGGUGUGGAGGAAGAGGAGGGAUACACAGAGGGAAGAGGAGGAGGAGGUGGAGAAACGAGGAAAGACGGCGGAUCCGAGGAUGGUGAGAAAUUAGGGAAGGAUAAAGGAAGUGGAGAGACAUUGGAGGAGAGGGAAGGGAGGAGUGAGGAGGGUUCUGCUGCUUCGGAUAAAGACAGGAAGGACGAGGAUGUUUCUAGAGGGGAAGAAGAACGUCUGCGGAGGAAUAAAGGUCAGGAAGAUUCGUUGUCUGUUUGCAAAGAGGAGGAGAGGAAAGGGGAGGAUGACGGAGAGAAGGAGGGAAAAGAUGAGACGGCGAGGAGUGGAGAAGUAGAAGAAGAAGAAGGUGGGAGGAAGAAGCCGAGUGUUGCGGGUGAAGUGGAAAGUGCUACGGUGUCGAGAGGAGGGGAAAUGUCAAGGUCAGAGAGCGGUGUCGUUAUGGAAAUGGAAGGUGAGGAGGUCGGUGGCGCGCGUGGUGUUGUUGUUGGCGAUGAGACUUCGGAGGAGAUUGCGAGGAAGGAGCAAAUGAUGGACACGGAUACGGAUGAGGAGGAAAGACCCGCGAAGGACGGGCUGGGAGAGAGGCAGACGACGGGAGUUCAGGGAGGAGGUUUCGGAGAAGAUGGAAAGAAUGAAAGAGGAGGGGUUGAGACUGCUGGAGAGGGAGGAGAAACGAAAGAAAGGAGGGAAGAGGAGAUGGAGGAAGAAAGGUGUGACGAAUCGUCGGUUUCUGCCGGUCGUCUAACGGAGCUUGGGUCUGGUGGUGGUGGUGAGACGUCUGUGGAGCAGUCAGGGGUGGGCAGUGGGGAGGGAGGUCAGGGGUCAGGGUCGUCCUCGGGUCAGGAAGGUCAAAUGUUGUCUACUGAGGAAGGUCAAGGGUCAUCUACUGAUGAGGGUCAGGGCGUUGGAGCUGGGAGUGAUGUGUGCGUGAAAGGUGAGACGGGCGCUGGUUUGAUGAAGUCCUUAGUGAGUGGUUACGGCUCCGAUUCAGACGAGGAGGAAGAGGCGGGGGAUAGAGAGAAGGAAGAAGUGAAAGAAGAGACUGGCGAUGGGGAGAAGGAGACAGUCGUUGAAGAGACCAGGGAUAAAAAGAAGGAGGGAGUGGAUGAAGAGGUCGGGGAUAGAGAGAAGGAGACAGUGGCUGAUGUUGCUGAUGUGUUGACUGAUGUACCGGUCGCUGCUUCCUCAUCGGGUGAUGCUGAAGUUGUGGAUGUUGCUGAUGUUGGUGUAGGAAGAAAUGUGAGCGAAGAUGUUGUUGCUGAGGGCAGGGAGAGAGAUGAUGAAGGAGUUGGAAAAAGCGAGGGAGACAGUGGAGAGUUUUCGGCGCAUGACGGUGAAGAAAACGUGUUGCAGGUCGGUGUUGGUGAAGGUGAAGGACAGGGUGAGCUGUCGUUGUUGUCGUCGGUGAUGGAAGGUGUUGGUGGUGACGUGGAGAGACAUGUCGCAGCGCAAGAGGUGGGGGAGGGGGAGGAGGAAAUUGAGAGGGAGGGAGGCGAUGAGGAAGAUGCGAGGAAGGUGGGGGAUGGACGGAAAGAGGAGGCAAUGGUUGUUGGUGGGAGGGUGGUGGGGAGGGAACUGGCUGAUGCUUUGUCGGAGGGUGAGGAGGGAGGCAGAGAGGAGGAGGAGGAAAGAAAAGAUGAGGAGGGCGAAAGAGAAGGGGAGGAAGAAGGAAAAGACGGGAAAGAGGUGUCUGCGGAGGUAUUGAGAGAAGGGAGUGAUGAUGACAGCAGGGUGGAGUCGGUCGUUGGGACACAGGAAGCAGGGAGGUCGAAGAGAGAGGGGGAAGGGGAGGAAGAUUGUGAGAUGGCUGAGGAGGAGGAGGAGGGGGAUAGAGAGAAGGACGUGAAUACAGAGAGCAUGGAUGGAGAGAAGGAAACGGUGAAUAAUGAGACAUUGGAUGGAGAGAAGGAGACGGUGAAUGAAGAGACAAUGGAUGGAGAGAAGGAGACGGUGAAUAAAGAAACAAUGGAUGGAGAGAUGGAGACAGGGAAUGAACAAACCAGGGAUAGAAAGAUGGAGGGGGAGGAGGGUCAGGUGAGGAGCGAGGAGACAGAGAGGGUGGAAGAUGUCGAUGUCGCUUGUCGGGAGGCGAGUGGCGAAAGUGGUGGUCGAGUGAGCGGGGUGGGCGCAGUGACGAGAAAAGAUAUCGGAGAUAGAAUCGAUGAUAAUGAUGAUGAGGCUAAAGAUAACGACGGAACAGUUGGAGCUGCGGGGAACUGUGGUUCAGCCGAGGAGGUCAAAGGUGCUGCGUCAUCGUUGUCGCCGGGGGGUUCGCACCCACAAGGUGAAAGUCAGGAUGAGUCGCCGGCGUCGAGGAGCACGUCGCAGUCGUUGGAGCCGAGUGCGGUGGUCGCGUUGAGCGAUGCGGGGGGUGUGGGUUUGACGACUGUACCAACGACGGGUGCAACGGGAUCAGAGAGUGACGGGCGGCGAGGAAGUGCGUCUGUGUCUGUCAGCGGGGCCUCUGUGUCGUCGGACGCUGAACCAGGUCGAAGCGGUGAUGGUGGUGGAAGUGGUGGUGGACUGUGGUCAGGCUCUCAGGACGGAGGCCAGGACAGGUCAAGAGGUCGGGAUCGCUCGCGGGAACGAGAGAAGGAGAGAGACCGGGAGAGAGAGAGGUACAGGGACCGGCGGUCGCGCUCCAGAGACCGCGACCGCUACAGGGAGGGGAGGUCCCGAUCGAGGGACCGCGACCGACACAGGGACCGCGACAGAGAUCGUGAGAGAGACCGGGACCGCGACAGAGACCGGGAUCGUGAUCGUGAUCGGCACAGAGAUCGUUACUAUGACAGCAGGGACAGGGACAGAGACAGGCACAGAGACAGAGACCGUGACCGCGAUCGCGACCGCUACAGAGAGAGAGAUCGGGAUCGUGAUCGCGACCACAAGCGCUACAGAGACGACCGACGCGGCCACUGGUGAUCUACGCUCUGUUGAGCAGCGGGGAUGCGUUUGUUGUCUUUUUAUGAUGCAAGGGGAACAAGGCAACUGUUUUUUUCCCCGUAUUGCGACGAUCUAAUUGUUGGAAAUAUUUUGUACAUUUGUCUAUAUAUAUAUAUUGCAUGCGUUUGUUAUAGAUAUAUGUGUUUUAGCGGCAAAAAA